GUUUUGUUUUGUUUUUGUAAUUUUUAGAUCUUUCGUUUCUUUGUAAUUGUUCUUGCCGCAAUGGAUAGUAUUAUACAGCUAUAUCCAAGGACUUUUCUGUAGAGUUACAAAUACAUGAUAGUUCACCAAAUCCAAGAUCUUCCCAAAAAACCCACAUCAAAAUCCCAUCUUGAUGAUGAAAACGGAUUUGAAUUGAAGAAUGCCAAUGAUCAUAAGCUUAGUUGAUGAUCCUGAUGAUGAUACUGAUGUUCAUCCCCUUAUACAUGGUCAAAACAAUAAUGGGUCUGGUACUUAUGGGGCUGUUUUUAAUUUAACCACCACUAUUAUUGGUGCUGGGAUGAUGGCCUUGCCUGCUACUAUGAAAGUUCUUGGAUUGACUUUAGGGUUUUUGUUGAUAAUCUUUAUCGGCAUUUUGUCAGAAAUUAGUGUUGAAUUGUUAGUGAGGUAUUCGGUUUUUUGUAAGGCGUCGUCGUAUGGAGAAGUUGUGCAAUAUGCAUUGGGUAGGCCUGCUAGGGUUUUGUCUGAGAUUUGUAUAAUUAUAAAUACUGGUGGUGUUUUGGUAGUGUAUUUGAUCAUUUUGGGCGAUGUUAUGUCGGGUUCACCUCAUCAUACUGGAGUUUUCGAUCAAUGGUUAGGGAAUGGGAUGUGGGAUCAUAGGAAAUUGUUGGUUCUUAUUGUCGUGGUGGUUUUUCUUGCACCGCUUUGUGUGUUGGAUAGGAUUGAAUCUUUGAGCUUGACUUCAGCUGCAUCUGUGGCCCUCGCUGUGGUGUUUGUUGUGGUAUGUUUUGUGGUUGCAUUUAUUAAGCUUGUUGAAGGGAAAAUUGAGCCUCCGAGGAUGAGUCCUGAACUUGGGUCAAAGACUGCGAUUUUGGAUUUGCUUGUGGUGAUUCCAAUUAUGACAAAUGCAUAUGUUUGCCAUUUUAAUGUACAACCUAUUUAUAAUGAGCUUGAAGGGCGGUCUCCUCAGAAGAUGAAUCGGGUGGGGAGAAUUACGAUUAUCCUUUGCAUUGUGGUUUAUUUAUCAACUGCCACAUCAGGGUAUUUACUUUUUGGGAAGGGCACUGAGUCUGAUGUGCUGACCAAUUUUGACAAGGAUCUUGGGAUCCGUUUCAGCUCUGCAUUGAACUAUAUUGUACGGAUUGGGUACAUUCUUCAUUUGAUUCUUGUUUUCCCUGUUAUUCAUUUCUCGUUAAGACAGACUGUAGAUGCCUUGGUGUUUGUGGGGUCAGCUCCGCUCAUAGAGAGUAAGAAGAGGUCGUUGACUUUAACAGUGGUUCUAUUGGUCUGCAUUUAUUUUGGUUCUACCACGAUUCCCAACAUUUGGACCGCUUUCAAGUUUACAGGGGCAACGACAGCACUGACAUUAGGUUUUAUAUUCCCAUCUCUUGUGGCUUUAAGGUUAAGUCGGCAAGGAGAGGGUUUAAGCGUUAUGGAGAGGUUUGUGUCGUGGUUGAUGUUAGUAUUGGCCAUUGUAGUAAGCAUUAUUGGAGUUAUUGGCAACAUAUAUAGCCUCGAAAAAUCUGAUUGAUUCUAUUCUUGGUUAUUGCUUGCGAUGUUUUGUUAUGUAUUAAUCUGGUGAAUGUUAUACAGUCAGGGGGUGAGAAAUAGCUUUUAUGUUUUUCUGAUGCCAACAUCCAAAUGCAAUUAGAUGCCGAUUUUGCUAAGAAGUUAAGAGAAAAGCCGGAAAUUGCUGAGAGGGUGCUCAUGUUACAGAUUUGAUGUGUUUAAUACACUCUUCAUAGCAGCUCCAAUAAGUUUACUCACCAUAGAAGGAAUGUUUAGGGAGAAUACCUCUAUGGAAGCAUCAUACGACGGAUCUAAGUUAAUGAAAUUUUUUGUCUGAUUAACAUAUUGAUAGGUUUUCCUAGUUCCAAAUAAUGUUGUUCUUUGUUUUUUUUUUUUUCACAUGAACACUGUUAUAAUUUGUAUAAGUACAGCAACAGCAUUGUUGUUGAA